UCCCUCAAGAUGAAGAUGAAGGUGGCUGUGGGCCCAGACCCUUCCCUGGUCUACCGGCCUGAUGUGGACCCAGAGGUGGCCAAAGACAAGGGCAGCUUCCGCAACUACACGUCUGGCCCACUCCUGGACCGUGUCUUUGCCACGUACAAGCUUAUGCACACGCAGCAGACCGUGGACUUCGUCAGGAAAAAGCACACCCAGUUUGGGGGCUUCUCCUACAAGAAAAUGACCGUCUUGGAAGCUGUGGACAUGCUGGACAGGCUGGUGGACGAGUCGGACCCAGAUGUGGACUUCCCCAAUUCCUUCCAUGCCUUCCAGACCGCUGAGGGCAUCCGGAAAGCCCACCCUGACAAGGACUGGUUCCAUCUCGUGGGGCUGCUGCAUGACCUGGGGAAGGUCCUGGUUCUGACAGGGGAGCCCCAGUGGGCGGUCGUUGGAGACACCUUCCCAGUUGGCUGCCGUCCCCAGGCCUCUGUGGUUUUCUGUGACUCCACCUUCCAGGACAACCCGGACCUCCAGGAUCCUCGAUACAGCACGGAGCUCGGCAUGUACCAGCCUCACUGCGGCCUGGAGAACGUCCUCAUGUCCUGGGGCCAUGACGAGUACAUGUACCAGAUGAUGAAGUUCAACAAAUUCUCUCUUCCCCCAGAGGCCUUCUACAUGGUCCGAUUCCACUCCUUCUACCCUUGGCACACGGGUGGCGACUACCGGCAGCUGUGCAGUGAGCAGGACCUGGCCAUGCUUCCCUGGGUGCAGGAGUUUAACAAAUUUGACCUCUACACCAAGAGUCCCGAACUGCCAGAUGUGGACGCACUGCGGCCCUACUACCAGGGCCUCAUCGACAAGUACUGCCCUGGUGUGCUGAGCUGGUGACCAGCCUGGCCAGGUGCCCGAGGGGACGGCCGCUGUCCUGGGACUCCACAUGCACACCUAAGUUAACGCUCCCUGCCCUGACCACUCUGCUCAGUGCUAAUAAAGACUUUGAA